UUGUUAAAGAACUGCAGCAUGUGUAUGACGGCAUGCAAAAAGUUAAUUGUUCUGUCUUCCCCUCUCAGGAUGCAGUCUGUAGGUCUGGCUUUGGAGGAGUUGCUGGUGACGGCUCAGAAACAAGAUUGCCUGACCGUUGGCAUUUAUGAAUCAGCAAAACUUCUUAAUGCAGACCCUGACAGCGUGGUCCUGUGUGUUCUGUCUGCUGAUGAUGCAGACGAUGUGGCGCUGCAGAUCCACUUCACCCUGCUACAGGCCUUCUGCUGCGACAGCGGCAUUACCAUCCUGCGAGUCUCAGGGGUUCAGCGGCUCCAGCAGCUGUUGGUUGCUGUGGAUUCCAACAGAAACCAGGAAGAGCACGGAGACCUCCACUGCAUGCUGGUUACGAACCCCCAGGCGGACCACUGCAGGCUACAGGAGGUGGGGACCUACUGCCAGGAGAGUCGACGCCUUGACCAGUGGGUUCCUGAACUGGUCCUGCAAGAACGCUGAAGAGUCUGGCACCCGCAUACAUCAACAAAGACGGGAGCUUUCUGGGUUCAGAUGCUGAUGAACUACAGGAUCUGUUGUUGCUCAUGCAGGGAUGGCCUGGAGUGGACUGGGACAGGCUUUUCUGACUGAUAAGCUGGAAGAAAGUAAUUCCUUGAAGCAACUAUUGAAACAGACAAAGUAGAGACCGGUUUACAAAUUCUGCUUCGUCCAAAAGAUCCAGACAGAAAAGCAGAUUCACAUCCAUCCAGGCCAAAUAGAUUUUUACAUUGUCAGUAAAACUCCAUCAAAGCUUCUAUUUUUAUGCUUCCGUUUGGCCACUUACAAUGUUUAUGAGGGUGUGACAAUCAAUAACAGGAGUAGCAUCAUCGGAAAAAACGUGUCCACACCCCAACUUCUACCUGGAAGACCUGAAUGUUUGUAAGGACAGGAAUGCUGAAAUGAAACUAUGCCGAACAUUCCGGUGUAUUCUGACAUGGGAGAGUCCUUAGCGAGAAGGUGUGUGUGUGUGUGUGAGUGUGAGAAUGUGUGGUAUGCGUGUACAAUACUUGACUCUUUCUUUAGAAAACACUGGGCGGGCAGCAUGUGCAUUCUUGAAAUGAGCAGCUGAACCUGCGUAGGAAUCGUCACCAUGGAAACUGAAAUGGAAAUGAUGUUCAAGUUAAAGUCACCCAGGAUAUAUUGGCAUUUCAUGACCACAAAAAGUCAAUGCACAAUGCAUAUUUUUUUAUUAUCCGAGGAGGAUACAGAAUGGGCAGAGUAAUGAGCUGUGUCUGAGCUGAUGGAAACUAUCUGCUGUAAAUUGUUAUUUUUGCUGCAAAAGAAACUACAGUCCUCUUUGUGCCUUCAGGAUGCUGCUUUGUUUUGAUAAAAUGCUGUUCAAAUAAUAUAAACAGCGCAACACCGGUAAUUUAUU